UGGGUUUGUAAACCACUCAUAGGGGCUGUUUUAGCACAGCUGCUAAAAUAGGCCAGGCCUGCAGGAUAUACGGGUAUGUUUAGUUUCUAGAGAACUUUUGUUUUUCUAAACUCCUUCUUCCCUUUCCCAAAUCUGGCAAGCGUUAGUCAUCUUCAACUCGGCAGGAACCCACAAGUGUGCGUGUGUGGCUCGGAGGCUUCAGCUGGGGCCCCGCCCUCGUACCCGAGCGCACACUGACACACGCAGCCUAGACCUGGCCCGAGCGCGCUACUGGCCUCGGCGUGGCUUCUCUCCAGCCGGCAGUCCCAGGGCCAGCUAGCCUCCUCCCCUAAAGGGGAAGGCCUGUCAGCGCAGUCCCAGAGUCCAGCACCGGGAGGAAAGUUUCGGAGUGCGGAGGGAGUUGGGGCCGCCGGAGGAGCAGGGUCUCCACUCCUAGUUUGUUCUGCCGUCACCGCGUCCCAGGGACCCCUUGUCUCGAAGCGCACGGCAGCGGGGGGACUUCAGCCCUCCGGGCGGGGUGGGCUCCAGGUCCGGGUCCGAGGCGGGCGCUGGAGGCUCGGCCCCAGGCGGGAGAGGAACUCCUCUCGCGAGCUGUCGCCGUGGGCCCGCAUUGUCUGCAGGAACUCUCCGGAAUCGGGAGGGGGAGGACUGGAUCGCGCUUCCACUGGGAUUCGUCAAGAGUUCCGGCGGCAGCUGCGGCGGUGGCGGAGACUCCCUUUGUCCUCUCAGGACCUCCCUCUCUCCCUCCCUCUAUCAGCUGGUGGGUCCCGCUGCCGCAGGCGCCGGCGCCUCGGCUGCUCGCCGCCCCCUACCCCAGAGUGCGUGCCGGGUGACUCCCGCCACCUUUGCGACCCCCCCGAGCUCAGGGGACUGCGAGCGGGAGGGAGUCGCAGGCCCCUGGCCGCAGGAUGGUGGCGGAGCGGUCCCCGGCCCGCAGCCUCGGGAGCUGGCUGUUUCCCGGGCUGUGGCUGUUGGUGCUCAGCGGUCUCGGGGGGCUGCUGCGCGCCCAGGAGCAGCCCUCCUGCAGAAGAGCCUUUGAUCUCUACUUCGUCCUGGACAAGUCUGGGAGUGUGGCAAAUAACUGGAUUGAAAUUUAUAAUUUCGUCCAGCAACUUGCGGAGAGAUUUGUGAGCCCUGAAAUGAGAUUAUCUUUCAUUGUGUUUUCUUCUCAAGCAACUAUUAUUUUGCCAUUAACUGGAGACAGAGGCAAAAUCAGUAAAGGCCUGGAGGAUUUAAAACAUGUUAGUCCAGUAGGAGAGACAUAUAUCCAUGAAGGACUAAAGCUAGCGAAUGAACAAAUUCAGAAAGCAGGAGGCUUGAAAACCUCCAGUAUCAUAAUUGCUCUGACAGAUGGCAAGUUGGACGGUCUGGUGCCAUCAUAUGCAGAGAAAGAGGCAAAGAUAUCCAGGUCACUUGGGGCUAGUGUUUAUUGUGUUGGUGUCCUUGAUUUUGAACAAGCUCAGCUUGAAAGAAUUGCUGAUUCCAAGGAGCAAGUUUUCCCUGUCAAAGGUGGAUUUCAGGCUCUUAAGGGAAUAAUUAAUUCUAUACUAGCUCAGUCAUGUACUGAAAUCCUAGAAUUGCAGCCCUCAAGUGUCUGUGUGGGGGAGGAAUUUCAGAUUGUCUUAAGCGGAAGAGGAUUCAUGCUGGGCAGUCGGAAUGGCAGUGUUCUCUGCACUUACACUGUAAAUGAAACAUAUACAACGAGUGUAAAACCAGUAAGUGUACAGCUUAAUUCUAUGCUUUGCCCUGCACCUAUCCUGAAUAAAGCUGGAGAAACUCUUGAUGUUUCAGUGAGCUUUAAUGGAGGAAAAUCUGUCAUUUCAGGCUCAUUAAUUGUCACAGCCACAGAAUGUUCUAAUGGGAUUGCAGCCAUCAUUGUUAUUUUGGUGUUACUGCUACUCCUGGGGAUCGGUUUGAUGUGGUGGUUUUGGCCCCUUUGCUGCAAAGUGGUUAUCAAGGAUCCUCCACCACCACCACCCCCUGCACCAAAAGAGGAGGAAGAAGAACCUUUGCCUACUAAGAAGUGGCCAACUGUGGAUGCCUCCUAUUAUGGUGGUCGAGGGGUUGGAGGAAUUAAAAGAAUGGAGGUUCGUUGGGGUGAUAAAGGAUCUACUGAGGAAGGUGCAAGGCUAGAGAAAGCCAAAAAUGCUGUGGUGAAGAUUCCUGAAGAAACAGAGGAACCCAUCAGGCCUAGACCACCUCGACCCAAACCCACACACCAGCCUCCUCAGACAAAAUGGUACACGCCAAUUAAGGGUCGUCUUGAUGCUCUCUGGGCGUUGUUGAGGCGGCAGUAUGACCGGGUUUCUUUGAUGCGACCUCAGGAAGGAGAUGAGGUUUGUAUAUGGGAAUGUAUUGAGAAAAAGCUAACUGCUUGAGUCAGUAUAAUGAAGGCAGGGAAAUAGUAAUAAAAAAUGAUUUUAAAGCCCUGUUGCACUUGAGGAAGGAAAUACUGUCAAGUAUAGAUUUCUAUUACAUAGAGUUUUCUAUAAAUUACUUGUUGUUAGAAUGCGUCUUCAAACUACAUUUUUACACCAUUCCCUUUUCAAGAAAUUCUUUACAAUUCUGGUCAUUUGUACACAUACUUUAAUAAGCACAAUCAUUGCAUCAGCCCUUGACUUUGAAGACACAAUGUUCCAACAGACUGGGAGUUAGUAGCUGAAGUCCUUCUCUAGCAUUUAGUAGCAUUUAGUAGCAAUAAGGCCUAGGGCAAAGGCCUCAGAAUCUGUUUUAUAGGUAUAAAUAUGUUCCCUGCCUUCAACAGUUGAUGUAAUCGAGUUUCUUGACUAUUAUGUAAAAGUGUCUUUAAAAUUAUAAAGCAUUAUAAAAAUCUGUGAUAGUGAUAAACACACAAACACACACAUACACACAUAUGUAUAUAUUUUUCCCCACCAGGGUAGCCUGUCUGAGGCUAUAUUUUUGUUUUGGAAAUGUGGCUACAAUUACUCCAGUUUUGUAAUUUCAGUAAUAUAGUAGUACUAUUUCCCAUUGUAUUGAUGUAAGAAAAAUUGAUUAAAACCUUUUCAUAUGUAACAAUGGAUAGGUUUGGUUCAGAGACAGUACAGUUCAUAAUAGUAGUGAUGCAGGGCAGGUGAGUCCCAAAAUUGAAGCUUAGCCUGGGAGAGUUCUUAACUUCAUCUAAGAAGGAAUCUGAUGCAGGGCAGGAGGGCUCCCAAAUUGGAACUUAGCCCAGGAAGGUUCCUGGCUUCAUCCAGAAAAGAAUUCAAGGGUAAGCCAGAGGUGUUAGCAACUUUUGUUGAAGUGACAGCGCAUACCAGCAGCAGAGGUACUACUCCUUGUGGAGCAGGGCUACCCUAUAGGCAGUGUGCCCAGAGGAGCAGCUCAGAGGCAGUUCUGUAGUCAUAUUGAUACCCACUUUUAAUUAUAUGAAAAUUAAGGGGUGGAUCAUGCAGACAUUUCUAGAAAAGGUGUGACAACUUCUGGGUCAUUGGAUCAUUGUCAUGGAAAGUGGUGGUAACUUCUGGAUGUUGCCAUGGCAAUGGCAAACUGACAUGGCACCCUGGUCAGUGUGUCUUACGGGAAAGUGUUUUCGCCCCGUCCCUGUUUUAGUUAAUCAUCAAUUAGGUCUGGUGUCCAAGCCUCACCUCCAGAAUCUAGUACUGCCUCCUACCUCAUUAGAAUUGUUUCGCUGCGUGUCAACAUGAUCGAUCAUUCCUCUGUUUUAACAAGGGAAUAAACUUCAUGAACUUCAGCUUCAGGGGAUUUUUUUAAAAAGGCAAUUUGAGAAAAUUUAUUCCUGGAAUUUUCCCAACAGAUCAUCAUUUACUGUUUGCUAAGACCAUAAGUAGAGAGAACUAGUUGGUUUAUAAAGCAGUCUCUUUCAUGAUCCAGUCACUGUGGUUCUUCAUAAAAAGUUUUCACAUAAUAACAUUUGUAUCUUUUUAAAUUCAUCUGUGAUCUGGAGUUCUGUUCUGGAACAACGUGUACUAACUCUUCUUCCUCUUCUACAUGCUAGACUUUAACGUCAUGUGUUUUAAAAUCGUUUUCGUGCAUCAUCUUAGUUUUUAUUCCCCAGGUUAGACUCUAGUUUAUUUGUUCAAUAAUUUUCACCUUAUUAAGUGCUGGGUAUUGAGCUAACAUUGAAUAUAUACUAGCCAAUAAAAACAGACAGUGGUCUCAGCUCUCUUGCUAAUACUUUAUAUUUUCUUUUAACUGUCAUGAUUGCAAUUUAUAGUCUUUCAUUAUUCCUAUUAAUUUUGAUUCAAUUCAAUAAUUUUUGGAUUAUAAAUAUGUAAAAGCAAUGGCAUCAGGUAAUAUCGAUGGGUAGAAACAAACAGCAGCCUCUGCCCUUAAGAAACCUGAACUUUGGGAAACAAGACAUAUACAAAAA